CAGUGGUGGGGAGUGCACGUCUGUAUUUCCGCCGCUCCACACCACGCUGCCCUGUGGUAGAGGUGGACUGUGGUGGAUAGGAAAAUAAUCAACAUGGAGAAGAUAGAAGGAAAUUAAGAAAGAAAGUUAGUCAGUAUUUUUUUAUUCUAUGGUGAAUGAAAGCCACAAAUGCAGGAGAAAGAACUGAAGGGAAAAAAAAAAGGAAGGAACAGCAAGUUACAUAAUAUUUUCCCUGAAGGUGAAGGAAAGGAAAAAGUUGAGUUGUCUUAAGGGAAAAAGGGAGGAAAAAUAGCAGUUAUUAUUUUUUUCCUUAACGUAAAGAAAAAAAUGGCAGUGUUAAGGUGAAAUAAAAGAAGGAUUAAAUAUUUUCCUUCACUGUGACCGAAUGGAAAAAAGUCGUGUUGUGCUAAGACGAAGGAGGAAAAAACUCACUUAAUAUUCUCCUUUAUUGUGAAGAAAAGAGGAAAAAAACUUGCAUUGUUUUAAGAGGAAAAGGAAAAAAGUUACCUACGUUUUCUUUUGAAGUGAAGGAGAGAAAGAAAGAAAGGGAAAACAAGAGAAAAAAGGAGACUAAGACAAAAUAAAGAGAAAAGGAAAAAGGAAAAGAGAAGGAAAAGUUAUCUAUAUUAUCUUUAAAAGUGAAAGAAAAAAAUAUAUUGAGAUAAAGAAAGGAAAAAAAAAUUAAAGAGAAAGAGAGAAAAAGAGAUUAAAACAACGAAAGAAAAAAAUACGAUAAAAAUAUUAAAACAAAGAAAGAGAAAAAAAAUAUUACGACAAAAAAAAGGAAAAAAGGAAAAAAAAAGGAAACAAGAUUAAUUAUUUCUUUCAAUAGACUUUCAAACUCUUAAAUGAACACAAAGUAAUGGAAGAAGAGGACACAAGAGACACAUUUAGACAUGACUACCCACGCCUCCUUCUCCCUUCGUCUGGCCGCCCAUGCACGGCCCCUCACGCCCUCCUCAGACCGUCCGCCGCCGCCCACCUCCUCCCCUGUCUCACCUGGCGCCCUUCAUGAAGAUCUGCUCAGCGCUGCGAGUAAUGAGGAAGGCAAUGAAGGAGGAGGUGAAGGAGGAGGAGGAAGGGGAGGUGUCACCUGGCGGGGGCACAGGAGAGCCGCCACCGCCUCCGCCGCCGCAGCCGCCUCCCGGAGUUUGAGCCCCACCAAGGACGCCUCCACCAGGGCCUACCUGAGGAGGGUUCGGUCCCUGUCCAGAGAGAACAAACAGCGGCAGGAGGCUCGGGAGCGCGAGGUGCGGCGGCAGGAGCUGGAGGAGCGGCGGCGACGGGAGCACAUCCUGAUCCAAAGGAAGAAGGAGCGUGACACCCUCAUGUCCAAGUUCCUGCGCGAGCCGCUACGCCAGGCCCGGGAGGCCAAGAAGGCGUCUUGCUCUCUCAGGGGCGGCGAGGCAGAGGAGGAGGACAAGGUGCGCAUGUGUCAGUCUGUGCCCAACCUGGACGAGGCGCUGCGGCUGGUGCGGCGCGAGGACCAGGCCCUGGACGCCCGGGCGCGUGCCUUCCAGAGUCCCCCGCAGCGGCGGCGGCGUCCCCUGGAGGAGGGACCCACGUGUGACCGUUUUGUUCGUACCCACGCCCGCCUGUCUCUCACCCGUCGCGCCCCAGUGCCCGCGACCCGCCCCUUCCCCCCUGGCACAUCUGACGUCAUCCGGGAGAACCAGAAGCCCUACCCCACGCUGCCCCCAGAGGAGCUGGAGUCACGCAUGCGGCGGCGCGGGCGGCGCAGCAGCAGCGAGAAUGUUGUGAGAGGCGGCAGCGGCACGCAGCCCCUGAAGGCCCGCGCGGAGGCGCCGCCCCAGGGCCUGCCCGCCGUGGACAGCCACGUGGUGGUGCUGCCGCGCCCCAGGCUGGACCGCCGCAGCUCCAUGCCGGACCUGCGGGACUUCCGGUGCGUGAGCUCAACCGUGGUGUACGAGACCAUCGCGGCGCUCAGCAGCCUCGGUGCGGCGCGGGGCCUGCUGGUGGUGCCCCCUGGCUCAGCCUCCUCACCGUCGCCCCGCGUGAAGGCCUCGCCCGAGCCCCCGCAGCGUUGGGCAAAGAGGAUGAACGAAUUCAUCGAGGCGGAGACGCAGGCAGUGCUGCGGGACAGCCCGCUGCUGGGGCCCGCGGGGCCCGACUCGGCGGGGUCAGCGGGCGCCCUGGGGCGGCGAUCUCAGCGGCGCGAGUGGGUCUCCAAACACUCAUCGGUCAAGACGCUGCAGAAGAACAUCCUCUCUGCGAGCCUGACGGACUCUGCCAGUCAGACGGAGAGCCUGCUGCGCCCUCCCUCCCCGGGCGUGCACCGCCGCGGCGCCCCAGGCAGCGAUCCGGAGUACUAUGACAGCCUGGAGGAGGACGACGGCCGCGCCUCCUCUCACCAGGGCUCCCACCUCGCCUUCUACGUGCCCAUCAAGGACCAAGCCUCGCGGGACGUGGCCUUCAACCCCACGCUGCCCCCGCGACUCACGGCUCGUCUGGAGGAGCGCCGCGCCACCCUGCCCCGCCGGCCACAGCAAGCCCAGCCCCUGGCUCUCACGGGAAUCCGCGUGCCCUUGCUCAGCGAGGUCCCACAGGCCCCUCCAGCAUGCACCGAGGAGGCCACCGCGGAGCAGGACUCCGCUGCGUGGCAGGAAGUUGCGGCAACCACGGCGGCGGAGGGCGCACGCAGCAGCAGCAGCAGCAGUGCCGGAGGGUCAACCAGCAGCGAGUCAGACAUCCAGGACAGCGCGCGGCUGGCCCUCGUACGGCAGCAGGCGGCGGCCAUCCCCUCCCCCGCCACGCUCUCCUCCGCCUCGGACAUCGUGGCGGUGUCCUCCCCCACCACCUCGCCUCGACUCCACCCCGCAGUGGACGCCCUCACCGCCAUCCUGGCGGCCCCUCAGACUUCCCAGGACGGACCACGGGUGUCCCCAGACGGUGCUUCCAGCCUCCUGCCGCCCUUCGAGCCUGACCUCCUCACACAAGACUCCCCAGCGCUUCCUGUCCACGCCUCUGCUGCCUCUGAGGGAAAGCGAACAGUGAUGAACGGCGAUGCUGAGAAUAUGACGAGCCCUCAGCCCCCAGCGACCAGUCCCAGAACGAAAGACAGUCCCCAGCAGCCCCUCAGCCCCAAGGCCUCACCCACACCGGUCGUGAACGGGACUUGCAGCGGCGAGGAGGAGGAGGACGCGGAAAUCCCUGAGGAGACCCCGGCGAAGGCAGACCAUCCCGCUGACUACCACAAGCAGAGCCAGCGGGAGAGGAUGAGAGGCAACGCGGCGGACGCAGACGAGGCAGAGGCCGACGAGGUGGAGGAGGACGUAUCCCGGGGACCUGAGAGCGUGGACUCCUACGCUGAGGACUACGACUCGGACUCCUUCUUGUCCUACACGAGGACUUGUAAGACUGAGAGUGACUACAGCGAGGCCGCGAGCAGCCACUCCUUGAGCGAGAGCACCGUCCCUGUGGAGUCCUCGGGCUUGGAGACGAACGAAUCCUGCAGCGGGAGCGAGGGCGGCGCGGAGGCGAGUGAGAGUGUCAUGACGGAGGAGGAGGAGGAGGAGGAGGCAGCCAGCGAGGUGAGUGAGGUGAGUGAGGAGCAGAAGGUUCCGUCCGUCCGUGAAAUUGUGGGGUUCGUGUCCAGCGGGAAGGAAAUGUUGCUGGAAAGUGGAUUUGUGGAUUGCGACGCCACGGACGAUGAGGAUGCCAGCCACACGGACUCCACGGACACGGCCUCCAUCACUAGUGCCGACACCACUACCACCACCACCACUACGAACACCAAAGUGAGUAAUACAGAUGCGAGACACUUGGAAAUUAAAGAUAAUAAAGAUUGUAGAGAUAGCGACACCACCACCACCACCACUACCACCACCACCACCACCACCAUUAUCACUGUUGAAACCAAGGGAAGAGCUGUUGUCAAUUCAGUUAUCGAAAAAAGUCUUGAAAUUUUAACUCAAACUGAAGAAAAUGGUGAUGAUAGUGAGGCUGGAAAUGGUGGUGGUGGUGGUGGUGACGGUGAUGGUGAUGGUGAUGGUGGUGAAGGAAGUGAGGAGGAGGAAGAGGGCAUAGAAAUAAUGAAAAAUAAUGCUGAUGAUUCCAAAGUGACAGACACAGUACUUGAUUCAACAGAAAACGCGUUACAGGUUGGACAGAGGGACGCCGGAACGGAACACGACGCUGACGAAGGGAACGCGGACACGGAACACGCAGCGGAACAGGGGAACGCUGGAACGGAACACGACACGGACACGGGACACGCAGCUGAACAGGGGAACACCGAAAUGGAACACGCCAAGCAGGUAAAUGAUAAAGAGGAGACAGAAACAGGUGUGGAUUCUGAACAGAGGAACGCCGGAACGGAACACGAGGAAGGAGAGAAGGAAAGAGUAAUUGAAGACGAGAAGAAUGAUGAGGAACAAGUAGAAAAAGAAAACAGAGAAGAGGAGGAACAGACAGUAGUUGAUGACACGGAAACAAUGAAUAAAGGAGAAAUUAACGCAAAUGAAGAGGAGGAUAAAGAGAAUAGGGAAGAUGAGGAUGACGAAAACGCAGACAACAAAGAAGAGAGCACGGAAGAUGAAAAUAAAGAGGAGGAUCAAGAAAAUAAAGAUGACAACGAGGAAGCACAAGAGGAAGGAGAAACAAACACAAACAAACAAGAAGUGGCUACAGAUGUAAACGAAGGAACAAAAGUAGGUGAAGAGGAGGAAGAGGAAGAGGAAGAGGACGGGAGUGACGGGACAGAGGAUUCCUGGGACAGAGUGACGGUGAUCAGAGCGCUCUCCGUCAGCUGUCCAACCACCCCUGAGCUGCAGACCUCUGACGCCACUCCUCCUGACGCUGACGAGGACGCCCCCUCACCUCCUGACGCAGACGAGGACGCCCCCUCACCUCCUGACGCAGACGAGAACGCCCCCUUACCUCCUGACGCAGACGAGGACGCCCCCUUGCCUCCUGACGCAGACGAGGACGCCCCCUUACCUCCUGACGCAGACGAGGACACCCCCUUACCUCCUGACGCAGACGAGAACGCCCCCUUACCUCCUGACGCAGACGAGGACGCCCCCUCACCUCCUGACGCAGACGAGAACGCCCCCUUACCUCCUGACGCAGACGAGGACACUCCCUCACCUCCUGACGCAGACGAGAACGCCCCCUUACCUCCUGACGCAGACGAGGACACUCCCUUACCUCCUGACACAGAUGAGAACGCACCCUUACCUCCUGACGCAGACGAGGACACUCCCUUACCUCCUGACGCAGACGAGAACGCCCCCUUACCUCCUGAUGCAGACGAGGACGCCCCCUUAUCUCAUGACGCAGACGAGGAUCUCCCCUUAUCUCCUGACGCAGACGAGAACGCACCCUUAUCUCCUGACGCAGACGAGGACACCCCCUUACCUCCUGACGCAAAAGAGGACACUCCCUCACCUCCUGACGCAGAUGAAGACACCCCCUCACCUCCUGACGCAGACGAGAACGCUCCCUUAACUUCUGACGCAGACGAGAACGCUCCCUUAUCUCCUGACGCAGACGAUAACGCUCCCUUACCUCCUGACGCAGACGAGGACGCCCCCUCACCUUCUGACGCAGACGAGAAUGCUCCCUUACCUCCUGACGCAGACGAGGACACUCCCUCACCUCCUGACGCAGAUGAGGACACCCCCUCACCUCCCGACGCAGACGAGAACGCCCCCUUACCUUCUGACGCAGAAGGGGACACUCCCUUACCUCCUGACGCAGACAAGGACACCCAAACAACAUCUCCUGACGAAGACACACACAUAUCCACACCACCCACACACAACACAGACGUCCCUGCUGACUAUAUACCUGCAGAAGAAGACCUCCAAGACCCCCAGGACCCCCAAGAGCCCCUCGAUCCUCAGGACCUUCUGCAGGAGGAUAUAUACAGAGUCACAGCCAUUCUACCUCAAUGUAGCCUUCAGGAGGACACCAGCUCUGGCCUCUCCACUAUCGACGAAGAUGAGGAGUUUACAGAUCCUAUGGUUGCCCCACAGCGGCCUUCGUCAGUAGAAAACGAGAUGGAAGAUGAAGAAAACGGAGAAAUGAAGGAGGAAGAAGUUGUAUUAAAUGUACAGGAGGAGGAGGAUAAAGAGAAGGAAGAUGAGAAGAAUGAAGAGAAGGAGGAGGAGGAAAAGGAAGAGAAGAGUGAAGAGGAAAUAGCUGUAGUAGAUAAAGAGGAGGUAGAAGAUACUGUUGAUGAUAAGGAAGAGGAAGAAGAGAAAGAGAAAGAAGAUGAAAAGGAAGAGAAUGAAGAAGGAAAAGAAAUGGAGGAAGCCACAUUAGAAAAGGAAGAGGAGGAUGAGAUAAAAGAGGACAAAGAAAAGGAAGAAGACGAAAAGGAGAAGGAAGAAGAGACCAUAAAAGAAGAAAGGGAGGAAGAAGAGGAAACGAUAAUGGAAAACAAAGAUGGAGAGGACACGGAGAUUACGAAUAAAGAUGGGAAAGAAGAAAAUGGUGAAGAGGCGAAAGAAGACACAGAAGAUGAUACAGGAAAUGUGAUAAAAGAAGAUAACAAAGAAACAGAAAAUGAUGACGAAGAAAAUAAAGAGGAAACGGAGGAUGGUGAUGAGAAUGAGGAAGAGGAAGAAAACGAUGAUAAUUCUGAGUGUAAGAAAAAUGAGAAAGAAGAGGAGGAGAUAAAAGAGGAAAGAGAGGAAAAUAGUCUCAUUGGAAUGGAGGAAAAGGGAGAGGAGGAAGAUAAGACGAGGGAAGAGGAGGAAGAGAUAAAGGAGGACGAGGAGGAUAGCGAAAAAGAAGAAGGAAAUGAAGAGGACAACGAAGAGAAAGAGGCAAUGAAUGAAGAUGAUGGAACAAUGAAGAAGAAAGAAGUGGAGGAGAAAAGAGAAGAGGAGGUGGAGGAGGAAGAAGUAGAGAUGGAGAACAGCGUAGUGUUAGAAGCAUCCACGCUAGAGGAGGAGGUGGAGGAGAGUGGCGCCGCCGGUGGUGGAGACAGUCUGUUGGAGGAGGUGAUUGAGGAAGAAGAGGAGGGGGAGGAGAAGAGAGGUGAAGACACGGUAGCGGAGGACACCAUUGCGGAGGACAUCGGGGAGGGCGUGUCACUGGUGGAGGACAGCGUGACGGAGGAGGUGGAGGCGGGGGAGGCCGGAGGCCUGGACAUGGAGGCGGACAUCAACUCUCUGCUGGAGGCGCUGGAGGAGUCCAUCGUGGAGGUGGUGGAGGAGAACAUCGCGAAGGAGGGGGAGGAGGGAGAGGAGAGGGAGGAGGAGGAGAAUGCCGGGGUGGAGGGGGAGUGUGUGGCGGCGCGCAGGCUGGUGCAGGCCGCGGCGCCGCCCCAGGAGGUGCAGGACGCGGCAGGCCAGGCAGAACAGGUUCCCCGCGCGGCGCAGGUCGUGCGUGGGACGGGAGAGCAACAGUGCGUGGUGGGGAGGCGCGCGGCGCCCAGGACCUUCAACUCCACCCUCAUGCGGGACGAGGGGGUGCCAGUGCCUGCCCUCGCCCUGCCUUCCGACGCGCGCUCCCCUCCCAGUGAGGGCACGCCGGGACACGGCGAGGAUGAGCACCCAUUGGACACGUUCCGCGCAGCACUACCGGACACCGCGGCGGCCUGUCCCCCCGCCAGCGGGAUCGAGGGCGGGGCUCGGCAGCGGGACGCCUCCUCCUCCAGCGAGUCUGCUCGCGGCGGGGACGAGGCGGAGGGCGCGGCGGCGGGCCAUGCCUCCUCCUCAGAUUCCGGCGUGGUGGAGAUGGCCAGCAGGGCGCCUCGCUCCCCCUCUGAGGCCUCCGCGGAGAGCGUUGGUGGAGUGGGGCGCGGCGGCCCCACGUUCCUUCCCCGAGAAACGUCCACGGUUGUCAGCAGCCGUAACGGCAGCGCCGCGCCCCGCCAGGCCAAUAGGCGUGGCAGGGAGCGCGGCCCCGCGGGGCGGAGGCCGGGGGAACCCAGCGAGGCAGUGGCGGGGCGGCCCAGAGCGAGGCCACCAGAUUCCCAGCACGACGUGACGCAGCAGGAGGCCAGGCAGCAGGGGCGGCGGAGGGGCCCCGCGGGGCGCAACGGCCCGGAUGCAUCACGCCGUCCGAGCAGCGAAACCUGCCGGAGGCGGAGGCCGGGCCUGGAGAACGCCCUGCCGCGGAGACGCGACCUUGAGGACUCCCCGAGAGACGCCAACAGCCCCCCAGCCUCCCCCGGGGAGCCGACCCCCGCCCGCCCCAGCGACUACGAGGCCUCGGACUCCGGCGAGGCGAGCCACUCUGAGCGGCUGCUGCGGGCCAUGGAGACGCGACGGGCGCGGCGCCGCAGGCCGCGCUCCUCGAACAUCGACGCCGAGGACAGCCUCGGGGGUUUCCGCCCCCCGACACUCAGCGCCCUAGACAUGUUUUUAGCCACGCUGCCAAGGUACCGCGGAGGGCGCAGCGAUGCUCCCGUGGAGCCCGUGGCGUCACCGCCCCCUACAGACGACAACGUGACGGUGCAAGUGCGCGCCGGGCCUCGCCAGCACGAUGUGCGCGUCACGUCGCGGCGACAGGUGCGCCUAGUGGUGGACGUGGGCCCCGGCCAGCCCCCGCCCUCCUCUGACUCCGGCUGCGUACCUGACGCCGGCCACACCCAACGUGCGACGCGACGGACAGGCGGCGCGGCGGGCGGGUCCCCCAUGCGGCGGCGGGGACGACGGCCAGGGCGAGGCGAGGCCACAGCUGACGUGGACCAGUUGCUGACUGACGUGCGGGACUACCUCAACACCAAGCUGUCCAGCAGGACUACUGGUGACGGCGGCGGCGGCGGCGAUGGCGGCGGUGGCGGCGAUGGCGGCGGCAGCGGCGCGGCUCCCAUCGUGGUGGAGGGAAGCAACAUUGAGAAGUGCUUCACGGAGCCACCGGCAGGCGGCGGCAGGGCCAGGCUGUACCCCAAAGGUUGCCUGCGGCCCGAGGACCGCAGCGGGCGCGGCUUAGGGGAUCCCAGCCUAAAGGAGCAGCAGCGCAUCAAGAACUCCAUCAGCGCCAUCAACGCGCUGCUCAAGCAGUUCUCCUGAGCCACGCCUGCCUGAGGGGAGCACCUCCUGAGGUCGGCCUCGGGCGCCACCUCGUCCUCGUAGCUUCCUUCUCUCGAGGUCAUCCCUCCUUCCCUCCCCCAACAGCUGUGUUCAUCAUCCAAAGGACCAAACAAACCACUGCUGCUUCGAACAUACGACUAGACCACACCAUUGAGUGACCUUCCCGCUUCAGUCCAAGUUACAGGCGUGUAGCAUAGAGACCUGACCCUUGUGACAGCUUCCUCGGUGCCUUGGGAACACAAACACAACAUUCCGAGCCACUUCGAGCCGUCCAGUAAAGCUCCGACACCUGUGAUAACAUGAAGCACUUAGUUAUAUCUAUAUUUGUAUACCUCCUUCUCGUGUAAAUAUGUACCCCAGUUAAUACCGUUAUAUAAAGUGCCAUAUUAUUAUCUGUGUAAAUAAAUAUAUUGACUA